UUGGUAUUGACGGUUAGAAAAUAAAUACAUCUACCCAUUCCAAUCAGCAUCCACUCCGAAGAACCGAAUCUGAAGACAAAGAGAAAAUGUUGCGACUCUGCGGCCUCUUUAGCUGCACUCGAAACAUUCCCAUACGGUGACGAUAUGCCACAAAUCUCCUAGUGCGCUAAUCCAUCUUGGUCAGUAGUAUAAUCCAUCUUUUGUGGCACAAGCACAUUUCGAGUAGAUUCUUAAAGCUGAGAUGUCAUUAGCUGCCUGAGCCUUUCGAUAAUCCAAGGGCUGGAGGUACAGAUGUCUGGCUCCAGAUGAACCAAGUGUCCCGAACCAAACCGACAUCCGAACCUGCUCCUUGUCUCUGGCCCCAUGCACCAUACGGAUUUCCACACCCCCCAGCGCUCGAGCUCCAUAAGAGGAUCUCCUCGUUCGACGAAUCAUUCGUGUUGCAAAAGCGGAAUCGUUCAGACCAUUUGCACCGAGCUACAAGGGAAGAGACGCCUACGGUCGUUGCUGUGAGACCAGACCGACCCUCAGAACUCUUGACCGCGAAAUCAAGACCAUGGCUCUCGAGGCGAAAGCGAAUCUGGUUUUGGACCUGCUUCAAGCGAAGAAGCAGAGCGGAAAGACUUUCACCGAAAUCGCGGAAGCCACAGGUCUGACGAAUGCGUACGUGGCUCAGCUCUUUCAUCGACAGGCUCAGCUGAAGAAAUCGGCUGUCGAGUCUUUGAAAAAAGCCGUUCCCCAACUCACUGACAAAAUGCUGGAAGAAAUGCAAGAGAUUCCGCGACGUUCAUUUGAUCCCACCAUUACUCAAGAUCCCACUAUUUACAGGUUAUACGAAGCUAUUAUGCACUACGGUGAAAGCAUUAAGGACAUCAUAAACGAGGAGUGUGGAGAUGGCAUUAUGUCGGCUAUUGGGUUCUACUGUACAGUUAAUAAAAUCAAGGGUAAAGAAGGAGAAGAUAGAGUCGUCGUGACAAUGAAUGGCAAAUUUCUGCCCCACAUUGAACAGGUAGCAGCGGAUAAUCUGGCAGGACCUUCGAAGAAGUAAAACGUCUGCUGACUGAAGGGAUUUUUCGUACAUGGGUACUUGUACAUAAGCAUGAUAUACUCAUCUCGUCCUGGACUCCAAGCGGCCUACUCAGUUUAGAAUUAUUGUUGAAGCAGUCGGUACACUCAAAAACGUUAGCCCCUUAGAAGCUGUGCAAAUCGAAGUUCAGAAUGGAGCCCGUGGUCAGAAGACAGGGUAAAAAAAUGUACACCGUGCCUCCUCGCAUCUAGCAGGGUUGAAGAUGGUUUGCCAAUGUGGAAGAUUGUACUUCAGUUUUUGUUUGAAUUUGUAUCUGUUAUAAUCACUGUGGGAUAAAAGUCAAUUAUGUAUGUGU